AGAAAAUGCUAGUUAGGACUUAGGUGGUUAAAAUAUUGGACAAAAUGAUUGUCAACGACAGUAUAUUUGUUGGGGUGUCUGCUUUUUGUCUCCUGCCUCCUACAUUUCACCACCCCCUUUAUCCUUAUCUCCUCUCUUCUUCAUUUGUUCUGCUCUUCCCCUCUAUUUAAAGCUCACACAAAGGGAUCAUAUACCUUGGUUGCACUUUGGUAAGGUGAGAGAAUAGGAAAAAGGGAAAUAUGGCAUUUGCAGGAACAACUCAGAAGUGCAUGGCUUGUGACAAAACAGUUUAUCUGGUUGAUAAGUUGACAGCAGAUAACCGAGUGUACCAUAAGGCUUGCUUCAGAUGCCACCACUGCAAAGGAACACUCAAGCUUAGCAACUAUAACUCUUUUGAGGGGGUUCUUUACUGCAGGCCACACUUCGACCAACUGUUCAAAAGAACUGGUAGUCUUGACAAAAGCUUCGAAGGGACACCAAAAAUUGCUAAACCAGAAAAAACCGGGGAAGAGAAACCUGCAGCAACCAAAGUCUCAAGUAUGUUUGGUGGAACUAGAGAUAAAUGUGCCGGUUGUCAAAAAACAGUGUAUCCCACUGAAAAGGUUACUGUGAAUGGAACUCCUUAUCACAAGAGUUGUUUCAAAUGCACUCAUGGAGGGUGUGUUAUUAGUCCCUCCAACUACAUUGCACACGAGGGCAAACUCUACUGCAAGCACCACCACGUCCAACUGAUCAAGGAGAAGGGUAAUUUAAGCCAACUUGAAGGUGACCAUGAGAAGAGUGCAGAGCAAGAGAAAAUCAACGGUGAAGUAGUUGCAGCUGAGACAUGAAAUGAAAUGAAAUGAAAUGCUUGAGUUAUCACAGAUGAAUAUUCCCUUCCUCAAGUUCCAUAUUUCUGUAUCAUGUGUUUAUGCUAUCUCUCCUGCUUUGCCAAUAUGGAGUCCAUAAUGCUCUUGAAAAAUAUGGUACUCCCUUUUUUUGUGGUUGGGGUGUGUGCAAAUCCAUCGUUUUGUUUUCUGUUGUUGUGAAGUUGUGGAUUCUAAAAAUGAGACUUAAUGGCAUGCAAUUCUGAAUAUGUGAUUCAGAAGCCAGUGCUACUGAAUUUCUUUGAACUCUCUCUUUAUUCAUAUUGAUACAUAUACAUACAUCAUCCUAA